AGCGCGAUCACCGCGCCACAACAACAGUUUAUUUUGGUACAAAAAGUGUCAAAAAAUCCAACAACACGUUACGACAAAGUGCCAGUGUUUUCAUUGUAGAGACUUUGGCUUGUGACCUAAUUUUCCAGUUCCAAGGACCAGUCGAAGCAUCCAAGAUGACCCUAGAACAGCCAGCCGGAGAGAUGUGGCAGAAGAUCCGUGAGGAGUUGAAUGAGAAGGCGGACACUAAGGAUGCUGACCUGGCACAUAUCAAGGAGUGGCUCAAGAAGGAACCCCAUCUACCUGAUGAGUUCGAUGACCAGCGUAUCAUGACCUUCCUCCGUGGUUGCAAGUUCUCCUUGGAGAAGACCAAGCGUAAGCUGGACAUGUACUUCACGAUGCGUGCGGCCGUCCCUGAAUUCUUCAACGACCGUGACGUCAACCGCCCUGAACUUCAGGAGAUAUUAAACAUGGUGCAAAUGCCACCACUGCCGGGACUUACACCAGAGGGCAGACGUGUUAUUGUCAUGAGAGGUGUUGACAAAGAUAUACAGACCCCGAAUGUGGCAGACGCCUUCAAGCUAGCUCUUAUGCUGGGUGACGUCAGACUGGCAGAAGAGAAGGAGGGAGUUGCAGGAGAUGUGUACGUUCUAGACGCUUCUGUGGCAACCCCAACUCAUUUCGCCAAGUUCACACCAACCCUGGUCAAGAAAUUCCUAGUCUGUGUUCAGGAGGCCUACCCAGUCAAGCUGAAGGAAGUCCACGUCAUCAACGUAUCACCCCUUGUUGACAAGAUCGUCAACUUCGUGAAACCUUUUAUCAAGGACAAGAUCAAAGAAAGAAUCUUCCUGCAUACGGACACAAAUGAUCUCUACAAAUACGUUCCUAAGGAAAUGUUGCCUCAAGAAUACGGCGGUAACGCUGGACCCAUGAAUGAUCUCCACAAUGCCUGGGUCAAGAAACUAGAUGAAUACAAAGAUUGGUUCGCGGAACAGGAGAACCUUAAGGCCAACGAAGCUCUCAGGCCAGGCAAGCCCACAAACUACGAUGAGCUCUUUGGCAUCGACGGAUCCUUCCGUCAACUUGUGAUAGACUAAACUAUUCACUUUAACUAAUACUCUGUCAAGUUAAAAAGUCCUAUCGUCUUCAUAUAAUUGUGUUGUAGCUAAAGUCUUUUCAACUUGAUCGGGUAGCGUCUCUUCACUGUCGCUUAUUUCAGUUACCAUUUUAUAGUUUAUAUUGAUGAUGGUUGUUUUUUCAAGU